GGUAAAAGUUGUUUAUGCGCAAUCACUGGCGAUUCACGCACGGGGGGUUAUAUAACGCCACGGUCGCAUCCUGAUACACACACAUACCCUGACACAGAUGGGUGAAAAUGUGGAGAAGAGUCCGGAAGGUCUCCGGUACUACAGACUGUCGGAGAUCGAGGAGCAGAACUCGUUCAGAUUAACGUGGUUUGUUAUUCACCACAAAGUUUACGAUGUCACCAAGUUUCUGGAGGAGCACCCUGGAGGAGAGGAGGUGUUGAGGGAGCAGGCUGGAGGAAAUGCCACUGAGAGUUUCGAGGAUGUGGGACAUUCCAGUGACGCCCGAGAGAUGGCCAGCACGAUGGUGAUCGGAGAGCUACACCCGGACGACAGAGCGGCUUUCGACAAACCUGUGGAAUCUGUGGUGAGGACUGUAGAACAAGAGAACAGCUGGUGGUCCAGCUUGGUGAUCCCGUUCCUGUCGGCUGCCAUCAUCAUGCUUGGAUAUCGCGUUUUUACUGCAGAGAGCGAGUGACAUCAUCAGCGAACCACGCUGCAUUUCUGAAAAGGACUACAAUUGACAGCUCUAUGCCAACAUGGUGGCUCCGCCCACUGUGUUUUGUGACCACUCACUAAAUCUUUCCUAAAUACACUGUAUUUAGAUCCAUAGCCGAGUACAAGCGACCAAUCAAGUCACAUCGUAAAAAACAAAGUCAUUGACAUUGAAUGUUGAAUCAAUGUAUUUUCUACAAAUGUACAAUGUCUUUAUCCAAACUGUAUUUUUUACCUAAAUGUUAAUGAACAUGUAAAGAAGUGACCACAAGUGACAUCAUAAUGUCAUUACACCACAGUCAAGUGACUUUAGACAAACUCAUUUUUUCCAUUCUUUUUAUGUUGAGUUAAUCUCCUGAUGUCUGUGAUUCUGAGUGCUUUUCUGAGGUGGCCUCAGAUUAGGAGUUUCAUCUUAGACCAGUUUAAGGAGAGCUGAGGAAAACCUGCAUCUUAUCAGAGAAGCUAUUAAAGCAGCAGCAGCCACAUCCCAUCUCACACGAGGUAGAAAAUGCUGAUCUCUGCGUGUCCUAAGGGAAGUUUCCUCUGUUCAUUUUAAGUCACAUGAUCUUUUUAUUACCAUGACUAUGUUUUAAUAAUUAAGUUAAUUUAUAAAGAAAUAAAAAAAAGUUUUCCUUGG